AUGGUUUCAUCCCUAGCUAGGAGUGUUGAUCCAGUCCUUUCUGCCUUGACAGGCAUCUACGCCACUGUUACACAGCCUUGUGGGGCAGGCAUUCUUCCUCAGUGUGGUGGCAUUGGCAGUCACGUUCCCAUAGUACACUGUGUAUCUGCUGCUGGUUUUGGAGGUGGUGGGCUUGGACCAGAAGAGGAAAAUGGUCUUUCUCCUGAAACCUGCUAUGGCUGCAAAACGAAUAGACACCAAAAGAAAAGUGUCUGGAGAGGACAGACUUCAAACCUCACACUGGAAGGAGUUAGUCUGGCCAGUGUGGAUGUGGAUCAGCCGCUGAAACUACUCCUCAAUCGCUCACAACUCAAACCCAGUGAAGCCAUACUGGAACUGCUGCCCGCUGUCAGAGCACUUGCUCAACAUGUAAUGUACACCAUCACAGCUGGAAACCAUGAUGGAUUCUUCCAGAUCAGACAGCGGGCGGGUAUCAGUUACCUGCACAGCACACACAGGACGCCCUCAAUGAGACGCUACAGACUGCAGAUCAGAAGUUCUGCUCUCUCUAAAGAAAUGGACAGAGAUGAGCGACUUGCGCCAAACCUGCACAUGACACUCCACAUUACACUCCAGUAGAGAAGCUGGAACUGCUGAAAACUACAAACUCUGAACAUGUGGAGCUUCAUAAGCUAACCGAAUGCUCUCUCAGAAGCUGAAGGUGCUUAAGUCAUUCUAAUCUUUGAAUAUGUGACGAUUAGGUGGUGUUCACACACAGACACACACACACUCUCGCUCUCUC